UCAGUUGUAUUUCAGCGAGUGAGCGCGUUAGUUGUAAAUAAAUAUUUACUUGUGUGAAAGCCGUGCUGGCAAACGAGCAACGACACAACAGAGUUAUUUUUUAUAUUAAAAGAAAAUUCAACAAUCUCGAUGUUGAGAUUAUAUUUGCAUUAAAAGCAAUAAAUUUAUAUGUUUCUGCCUGCAUAUAAACGUGUGUAAUAUUAAAAUUUGCUGAAACUGCUAUAUUAAUUUAAAAAACUAAAAUAUUUUGUAGUGAGUUGGUAACUCAUGCAAUAACUCAAAGAAAAAGUGAAGUUAAUCGCCCAAGUAGAAGCAUAAAAACAAAAAUGUCGUGUAUAUAAGAGAUACGCAAAGCAGGCGAUAAGUGAAGAAGAAAAGAAAAAAAAGUACGUAAAUAAAGCAGAAGCAAGUGAUAAGCGUGAAUCUGUACACAACUGAAGAAACAAACAAGAGCUUAUAAACUCCACUGUGAUAAGUGCGCCCAAAAUUGAACUGUGACAUUUUCUAAAUAGAAACAUAAAAACCAAGAAUACAUAUCAAAAUGGAUACCAGCAAUAGUGUUCGUGCGCAAAUUAACGAAAACCACUUAAAUGUUAUAAAUUACGCGCCACCCUCACCUGCCUCCUCGCUCAGUUCCGAAUCCAUGGAUGUUGUCAUAGCGCCAAACAGUCCUUGUUCGCCUGCAACCACACCGCGCUUGCAUAGAGGCGGUCCUGACAGCAGCAGCAGCAGCAGCAGCUAUGAACACUUCUGUACGCCAAAGAAAUCGCUGGCGGAUUCGCGUGUACUCGAGCGUAUACGUGAAAAGCUUGGCACACCCAGCUCACUCUGUGAGAUGCAUGCGCUGCGCCCGGAACAAAGUCGCGAGGAGGAGACGGUAAAAGUGGUUAAAAAUCGGUUCCUAAUAAGCACACAAUUGUGCUAUCUAUCACCAGCUGUUGCUGCACGCACACCCGCCUCCUAUCGUCAUCUAAUCGAUCUCAAGGCGUCUAGCCUCCGUUGUACCGAUGUCUUCACGGAAACCGAAUACAUCUGCAAGAUUAUCAACGAGCCACAUGAUAAGGUGCAACGCGCCUACUAUGACAUCAAAACGGCAGGUGAUAUAGCGCGCAGCUCUUUGUAUGGCCAUACAUUGAUACGGGAUAUACACGAAAUUGUGCCAUUGGAUGCCAAUCGUUCGUAUCUGAUAAUACCGCCACCAAAAGCGCACGAAGGUGCCGAAGGGGUUUAUGAGGAUCUGCAUACGUACGUAAGGAAUAAGCGGCGUUUGCAUGAAAAUGAGGCUAAGGCGCUGUUUCAUCAAAUCGCCGAGACUGUGAGUUUAUGCCAUCAGAAGGGCGUUAUACUGCGUGAUCUGAAACUGAAACGUUUCUUCUUCAUUGACGAAGCGAGAACGAAAAUCCAGUAUGAAUCGUUGGAGGGCUCUAUGAUACUCAACGAUCCCGCGGAUGACACAUUGAGCGACAAGAUUGGCUGCCCGCUCUACACUGCACCCGAACUGCUCUGCCCGAACCCCACGUAUCAAGGCAAGCCUGCCGAUAUGUGGUCGCUGGGCGUUAUACUGUAUACAAUGCUUGUUGGCCAAUAUCCGUUCUAUGAGCGACCCAACUGCAAUCUGAUUACGAUCAUACGGCAUGGUCAGGUGCAAAUACCCUCCUGUUUACCGCGUCCGGUGCGUUGGCUGCUUUUGUUGCUGCUUUGUAAGGACUACAAGGAACGUCUGCAUGCCGAUGAGGUAUUCUUAACGCCGUGGCUGAAGCAACAGCGGCCACACGAUUACGUUUACCUCUCGGUUCAUACGAAUUUGGAUGAUUUGAAAAUGGAAAGUGAUGAUGAUGACAACGAUGUGUUGGAACAAACACCUUCACGUGUGGAGGGGGGAGCACAGCAAAUGCAUUACACUAAAGACUGCCAAGUGGACAACAAUAGUCAUAAUAUUGCUGCCGCACACCACUUUGUUACUGAAGAAGACUGUGAAGAAGACGAAGACGAAGACGCUGACGACUGUGAUAUUAGCAAUACGGAGCCGCUUAACUAUUCGCGUACGCACACAACUGCCACCGGCAAUAGCCAGCAGCAUGCAAUUGUUGUGGAUGAUGACGUCGAAAUGAGCUGAUUACACAUGCGUGUGUAUUAUAUAUAUAUGACGUUGACGAUAUAGCAACAGCGGCAAUUGCAGCGUUGGUGGUCGGAAAGUCAUCUACUACGUGGACAUUGUGGUGGUCGGUGCGGUAGCUGGUUAUCUAAGCGCAGGCGCUGUAUGAUUACGCCAUCCUACAACUCCUCCUCCAUCACAGCAACAAUUACACACACACACACACAUGCAGGCAUAAACAUACUUUCACAUCAUGCUGUUUGUUGUUGUCGUCGUUUGUCAUCACACAAUGCUUAUUUGUCAACGUUGUUGUUUGGUGCACUGCAAGCAGCAAGCAGCCAGUUCUUUGCCGGCGCUAAGGCAAACAACUCAACUGUCGCCGGCAAACAACUCAACGGGCCGCCGCAUCAGCGUUGGCAACAUACACGCACGCGCGCGGCCAACAUGGACUUAACGAAGUUUGGAAGACACACCAUGGCGCUGGCUGGGCCUCUUCUGGUAGCGGGCGUUCAAGCUUCUACUUUGGCAGUGCUUACUGUAGACAACGUUGAUAAUGUUUAUUAUUGUUCCUCACGUCACCACCCGCCUUCCAUUUUUUUUUAUAAAUUAAAUACUUAGUAUUUUUUCAUUGAAAGUGAUUUAUGUAAAUAUUUAAACAAAAAGUAACUCUAAACUGCCUUUAUAAUGUAUUGUAGUUGCAGUGAAUUUACUGAAGCACUCGAAUUCUUGAUUGUUGUUGAGUUUUUACUUUGCUCCUAAACCGAAAUGUACAAUUAUUCUAGCAUAUUAUGUAAGUGUGAGAAAAAUUAUUUUGCAAAAAUGCAACAUUGUGCUAUAUUGGUUAAUUUGUAGCCUUAUACUUUCUGCGCUAAAACGUAAAAUAGCCACUGAAUUUUUUAAUUAUGUUGUUUAA